AGUUAGAGUGAGGGUGAGGCUCAUGCAUUGCCAUUCAUAAAACUCAUCUUAAGGGAUGGAAAAUAAAAGGAAAUGAUUCAUCAUUGAAUGAGAAAUAAUCAAUGUAAUAAAUGGCAAUUAUAAUACAAGUGUUGUUUGCUUAUAUGCAAUCGUGGUGAAAACCGGAGUAGGUUAGUUUUUACUAACCUUAAAGAGAAGAAGAGGCAGGAAGCCAACACCACCAGUGACCACCCACAGGAACAGUGACAAAAACAAAAACCCAUGUUCAAAUGUGAAUCCAAAUGCCGAAACCACAGUGGAUUUUGUUUUGUCAGCCAAGAAAGAAAAAAGAAGACCUUUUUUCUUUUUCACAGCUAUAAAAGGGCAAGAGGCAGUGCCACAGUGGAGCCUACCAACCCAUACCUCGUCAGAUCCGUCCUUUUGGGUCCCGCUCUUUUUCCUCUUCUUCAACGGUGCUUCUGCUUCUGUUAGACAAAAAGAAGAAAAAACUAUAGACAUAGACAUAGAAAGAGAAAAUCUUUUUUAUGGACUUUGUGCUUUCAAAAGAGAAGGGAGACAGAACAAGGGUUGAGUUUUAGUUGGACAAAGAAAGCAAAGAAGGGGCGGGGGCACUUUUUGUGUGAAGCCAUACUUUGUUAAUCUGAAGCUGCCUGAGUGGCUUCUCAUACCUUGAUUCCAUUUAUGGGAUUUGAUAGCUACCGGAGAGGGUAAGCAUUGUAAAUAUGGAUCUCAGAGAAGAUAGCGGCAGGUUGGGGUCGCUACCAGCGACAACCUCUAGAAAUAUGUCAUCAUCGUCGUCAGCAUUCUUUUCUGCGAAUCAAUCACCGUUCUUCUCUCCAAGAUCAUCAACGUGUCAAUUGUCUGAAUCGACAAGGUCUGAUGCUCAAUGUGACAGUAUUAAUUGUAGCGCUGAUCCUCCUAGUUCCAGUUCUGGAAUUCGGGAUCCCGAAUGCCUUGAAGAUGUCAGAUUUGGCCUGCCAGACAUGUCAUUAACACCGGCUGCUUGUAUUUCAAGUGACUUCCAGAAAUUUGACCACGUUUUAUCCACAACUCUUGUCUCUAAUGGAACCAUAUCUAGUUAUGGCCAUGUGGGUGACAGUGUUUAUUCUGCCCUUGUAGAGAAGCACAGAAAGCAUGUGAGAAGCCAGGAUAUGUCAUUUUCCCCUGUUCCGAUAUCAUUAUCUUCUAACAGACACAGAAGCUAUGACGUUUUCAUAGGUUUGCAUGGUCGUAAACCUUCUUUACUGAGGUUUGCAAAUUGGCUCCGUGCUGAGUUGGAAGUUCAGGGAAUGAGUUGCUUUGUAUCUGAUAGAGCUCGAUUUAGGAACACUCGUAAGCAUGGACUUAUUGAGAGGGCAAUGGAUGUUUCUUCCUUUGGUGUUGUAAUUCUAACAAGGAAGUCUUUCAGGAAUCCAUAUACUAUUGAGGAGCUUAGAUUUUUUUCGAGCAAGAAAAAUUUGGUCCCAAUCUACUUUGAUUUGAAUCCUGCUGAUUGUCUUGUCCGGGAUAUAGUUGAGAAGAGAGGAGAGCUUUGGGAAAAACAUGGGGGUGAAUUAUGGGUUUUGUAUGGAGGGUUGGAAAAGGAGUGGAAGGAAGCUGUUAAUGGCCUCUUUCGAGUGGAUGAAUGGAAACUGGAAGCUCAGGAUGGUAGUUGGAGAGACUGCAUAUUAAGGGCUGUUACCCAUUUGGCAAUGAAAUUAGGAAGACGAAGUGUUGUAGAACGAUUGGCCAAGUGGAGAGAAAAGGUAGACAAAGAGGAAUUCCCAUUUCCUCGAAAUGAGAAUUUUAUUGGCAGGAAGAAAGAAUUGUCAGAGCUAGAAUUUAUACUUUUUGGUGACAUUAGUGGAGAAUCAGAAAGAGAUUAUUUUGAGCUCAAAGCUAGAUCAAAGAGAAAGAAUUUAACAAUUGGCUGGAGUAAGGGCAGUUCAGUGGAGGAAAGGUGCAGGGAAAGACAGUGGGAGAGUGGCAGCCGGAAGGGUAAAGAACCCGUCAUUUGGAAGGAGUCAGAAAAGGAGAUUGAGAUGCAAAGCACUGAAAGGCAGCACUAUCAAAGACCAAGAGGUGGUGGACGGAAUUCACGGAGAAAGAGAUCAGCAAAAAUUGUAUAUGGGAAGGGCAUUGCCUGCAUAACAGGGGACUCAGGAAUUGGGAAGACAGAGCUUCUUCUGGAGUUUGCCUACAGAUAUCACCAGAGGUAUAAGAUGGUUCUAUGGAUAGGAGGAGAAAGCAGGUAUAUUAGGCAGAAUUAUCUAAACCUCUGGUCAUUUUUAGAGGUAGAUGUAGGGGUUGAAAAUUGCAUAGAAAAAUGUAGGAUGAAAAGCUUUGAAGAGCAGGAAGAGGCUGCCAUUGCUAGAGUCCGGAAAGAGCUUAUGAGAAACAUACCUUUUCUGGUGGUGAUUGAUAAUUUAGAGAGUGAAAAGGAUUGGUGGGAUCGCAAGCUUGUAAUGGAUCUUCUUCCCCGUUUUGGCGGAGAGACCCACAUUCUGAUAUCUACUCGCCUGCCACAUAUGAUGAAUUUAGAGCCUUUAAAACUCUCAUACUUGUCUGGAGUAGAGGCAAUGUCAUUAAUGCAGGGAAGUGUCAAAGACUACCCUAUUGCAGAGAUUGAUGUGCUCAGGGUAAUUGAGGAGAAAGUUGGAAGGCUAACUGUGGGCCUUGCAAUUGUAGGCGCAAUCCUAUCUGAGCUACCCAUAAAUCCAAGCAGGCUAUUGGAUACCAUCAACAGGAUGCCCUUGAGAGACUUUUCAUGGAGUGGUAGGGAAGCUCAUUCGUUGAGGAAAAACAGUUUCCUCCUGCAACUCUUUGAGGUAUGUUUUUCAAUUUUUGAUCAUGCAGACGGACCAAGGAGCUUAGCAACAAGAAUGGUGCAGGUGUGUGGUUGGUUUGCACCUGCUGCCGUUCCAGUUUCCCUGUUAGCCUUAGCUGCUCACAAGGUACCUGAGAAACAUAAAGGAGCCCACUUCUGGAGAAAAUUAUUACGUUCCUUGACUUGUGGGUUUUCUUCAUCAUACUCCAAGAGAUCUGAAGCAGAAGCAUCCUCCAUGUUGUUGAGAUUUAACAUUGCAAGAAGUAGUACCAAGCAAGGUUAUGUCCAUUUCAAUGAGCUCAUCAAGGUUUACUCUCGGAAGAGAGGAGUUACCGGAGUUGCACAUACCAUGGUUCAGGCUGUCAUUAGUCGUGGGUCACUAUUCGAUCACCCAGAACAUAUAUGGGCAGCAUGUUUCUUGUUAUUUGGAUUUGGCAAUGAUCCUACAGUUGUUGAGCUCAAGGUGUCAGAACUGUUAUACCUUGUCAAAGAAGUGGUUUUGCCUCUUGCAAUUCGGACAUUCAUUACAUUCUCUAGGUGCAGUGCUGCUCUUGAACUCCUCCGCCUAUGCACCAAUGCUUUGGAGGCAGCAGACCAAGCAUUUGUUACCCCAGUUGAGAAGUGGUUGGACAAAUCACUUUGUUGGAGGCCCAUCCAAACUAAUGCUCAGUUGAAUCCAUGUCUUUGGCAGGAGUUGGCAUUAUCAAGAGCCACUGUGCUAGAAACCAGGUCCAAGUUAAUGCUAAGAGGGGGGCAAUUUGACAUAGGAGAUGACCUAAUUAGGAAAGCUAUUUUUAUUAGAACUUCAAUUUUUGGUGAGGAUCAUCCAGAUACCAUAUCUGCUCGUGAAACUCUAAGCAAACUCACCCGUCUUCUUGCAAAUGUUCAAACUCAUACUUCACCAUAGAUUCUAUAUUUCUUGUUAGAAAAUUUUGCAUUAGAUUAUACAAAGUUUACAAAUAAAACUCCUGUAAACAAUUCAGAGAAAUUUUUUAUACCAGUUUAACUUUGAA